UAGUCGCUGUCAGAGCAUUGUAGCUUUUUAGGACAGCGACAAAGGAAUCCAACCGCGAGUGGAAGAAAACCAUCACAAACUUACACUUUAACGUCAAGCCGAGUCUUGUUGUUGUUGUUAUUGUUUCUGUUUUCAUUAUGAAAGCCAUCAGUCCCGUCCGCUCGGUGAGGAGCUGUUACAAGGCCGUGUGCUGCAUUUCGGAGCAGAGUCUCGCCAUCAGCCGGAAUAAACACUCGUGUCUGGAGGAGCCGGUGGGCGCCCUGUGCGACAUGAACGACUGCUACUCUAAGCUGAAAGAGCUGGUGCCGAGCAUCCCGCAGAACCAGUCGGUCAGCCAGGUGGAGAUCCUGCAACAUGUUAUCGACUACAUCUUCGACCUGCAGAUCGCGCUGGAGGCGGAGGACACAGCCACGCCGGAGAUGGUUUUGUCAAUAAAGACUGCCGACCUUGCUCGCAAUUUCUCCAAAGAAGAAGGACGGUUGUGCCAUUAGGAUGAGGAUGGCAGAUCACGGUGCAGGGAAACACAUGUCUCCACUUCAUUCUGGGCAAGAGGACAAGAGGGGCAGAAAGGGUGGGAUAGGUAUUUGGGAGAGAAGGAGAAGGAGGAGGGAAGUGGAGGGUUUAAAGAAGAAAAGACGGAAAAAAUGGACUGUUUCCUAGAUGAGUGGGGAUCAACAGUGGUUCAUGAGCAAGAAAACAGACUCAUUCUUUGGCCCCUGGACAGACAAAUCAACACACCAAAGCAGAAGCCAGGAUUGGAAACUGAAAGUGACCGGCUUUGUAGGCCCUCCUCC